AUGAGCUAUGCGGGUCUAGACGAGAACGGUGCGACCUCCAUCCGGGCAGAAAUCAAGCUUCGCAUACCGCGGAUCAACGAAGUUUCGCAUGUCCGCGAGGCGCGGAGGCUCCUGCGACAGGAGCUUGGAGGUUGCGAGGCACUGCGCGCCGAAUUGGUGAACGCCGGCUUCGUGGAGGAUGGCUCAGGAGAGCUCACGACGGGACUGAGUCCCUUGAACGUCUUCGCUCGCGCGGCGCGAGGGCUUCUGAAGCAGCCGAACAUGGAGCACGAGCAAGAGGCCCUGGGAGACUUCAAGAAGAAGUUCCUUGUCUGCUGCAAUCGGGCUGAGAAUGACUUGCACUGGGAUUCUGAAGAUCCGCAGUGGGUCAGACGAGCUUCCAUGUCAAGACGACAUCGGUUUCUCACAACCAAGGACGUACGUUGGCAGUGGUUUAAUCCGCUCGUAUUCGGAAUGGUCUGCGAAAUUGGAGAAGGAUGCGAUGUUCGCGAAGCCCUUCGGGAAGCAGAGCAGAUGAAGUCUGCUGCUCUCCACUUUGCUCAGCAUUGCCCGGGCUGGCCGCGAGAUGCGAAAGAUGUUGGCCUCUAUGUGAACAUCUUCGGCCACAACAACGUCAAUUCACUGUUCAUACACAUCCUUGACCUGACCGUCACCGGACCAAGCUUCGCUGCGCAGACCUACAAAAACUGCCCCUUGGACGCUGUGAUCAAGGUACUCCAAGAAGAAGCGCAGGACUACACAAUGCCGCGAGUGGUGUCAUCACUGGCUGGAGAGCGCAAAGCCCGUUUCAGCCUCGACGCAUUGAGUGGAGGAUUUCGGGGCACUGGUGGUGCCACGAGCCUGAAGGAAGAGCUGGUGGAACGUGUUCCCGUGCUCUGCGACGCGGGAAGCUUCCGCGAAGUUCGACGUAUCUUUCGCGAGGACUGUGGUGGCUGUAAGGCUCUGAAAUCUGAGCUGACUCACGCGGGCUUCAUCGAUGCAUCCACCGGCUUGUUGACCACCGGGACGAAGCCUUUCAACCUCUUUGCAAGAAUCGCAGCUGGGGAGAUGGAGCAGCCAGGCAUGGCAGCGGAACAAGCUGCAUUGCAAGACUUCUCGAGUUCUGUUUGCGUUUGCCGCAACAAGCCAGAGAAUGACGCGCACUGGGAUUCAGAAGCAGCGGAGUGGGUUGGCAAGGCAUCCAUGUCAGCGAGACACCGGUUUUUGACGACAAAAGACUUGCGAUGGACUUUUUUCAACGCACUGACGCUGGGCAUGAGCGACAAAGAUGGGGACCCGGACCACCCCGACCCAGCAAGCUUGAUGGAGUCCAUCGAGCUCCUGGAGACGUUGAAGGCCGCCGCCUUGGCGUACGUGAUGAACAUGCAGGGCUGGUCCGACAAGAUCGGGCUCUUCUUCCACGUCUUUGGCCACAACUCCGUCAAUUCGCUCCACUUGCAUGUCGUCGACAUGAGCUCUGUUGGGCCAACAUUUCACAAGCUGAGUUACAAGAAUUGCCCCAUCAAUGCGGUGUUGAAGGUGUUGCGGGAAGAGCUCGCGACUGCCCAGGCAGCCGAGCGUCCCAGGGUGCAGCCAAAGGCAGCCGCGGUUGAGGAGACUCAGCAAGCACAGGAUGCCGUCCAAGAGCUCAACGUGGCUGGCGAGGUAGUUGCCGUUUCUGUGGCAACUCUUCGUCGCUCUCCGCCGAAGUCUUUUCUCAGAGCUUUGGGCGACGGUUCGGACAAUCCCAUGCUUGUCCGUGACAACCGCGGCCGGAUCUUCCUCGACUUCCCGCCAGAUGCCUUCAAGUGCAUUCUCAACCACCUUCGCAUGCAGCACUUGAAGCCGCAGUCGACUCUUUGGUGUGCAGAUGAGGAGACCCGUCAGCUCGCAAAGUCCCUUGGCUUUGCUGCGCGGUGUGCGCCGAGCUACCGCUUGCUCUGUGCUACCCUCGGGGUCGCUGCUCUUUGUAUCGUCUUGUGGAGGAAGUGA